AUGUUAGUAGAAAUAAGUAAUAAAACUAAUCAAGUUCAAGGAACUGGAACCAAAAGUAUGGAUAGUAAAUUAGAGGGGUUAAAAGAAGUAGUGAUUGAUAUAAAGGAAAAUCAACAAGCUUUCCAAGUUCAACCUACUUACGGCACAUUUUCUACAGAGAUAGAGUUCCAAGAGCAAGAGAACAAUAAUAUUAAAAUCAUGAAAGAAGUAAUAAUUCUCGAAGUAAGCGGAAGUAAAAAAAGCCAUUUGGUUCAAGGCUUCUUAAAAAGCAAAAAGAUUGAUUAUAGAAUACUCACAAAAACUCAAUUAGAACUAAACAACAACUCAAAGGAAAAAGAACAAUUAAAAAAACGACUAAUUGCCGCUUACCAAAGACAAGCCAAAAAUAAGAAAUUACAGUCGGAAUUAGCUCUAUGGGAUAGCAUAUCAGGAGACGGCUUAUAA